AUGCCUACCGAAGCCGGACACAGACUCUAUGUUAAGGGACGCCAUUUGAGCUACCAACGCGGCAAGCGCAACACCACCCCAGGCACCAGCUUGAUCCAAAUCGAGGGUGUCAACAACACCGAGGCUGCCAACUUCUACUGCGGAAAGAAGGUUGCUUUCGUUUACCGUGCAUCAAAGGAGGUUAGAGGAUCAAAGAUUAGAGUUAUCUGGGGAAAGAUCGCUAGACCACACGGAAACUCCGGUGUCGUACGUGCUAGAUUCAGACAAAACCUCCCACCUAAGUCAUUCGGCGCAUCCGUUCGCAUCAUGUUGUACCCAUCAUCGGUCUAA